AGAACAUAAGAACGCAGCCAUAAAAAGAACCAGUUUUUUUCAGACAUUCAAUUGACAUACCGGUAAACGUUACAGGAUUCUUGCGAACCGACAGCAAUAAUGUUGGCCAUUCGUUGCGCUCUUGCGGGAACUGCCCGGAAUGUUCCGGCCGUUCUGGGAUGCCGCAACAAACAUACACUGCCAGAUCUGCCAUACGAUUUCGGUGCUCUGGAACCGGUCAUUUGUCGUGAGAUAAUGGAGCUUCACCACCAGAAGCAUCACAACGCAUACGUUACAAAUUUGAAUGCCGCGGAGGAACAACUGAAGGAUGCCGUGGCCAAGAAUGAUGCUUCGAAAAUAAUCCAGUUGGGCGGUGCCAUCAAGUUUAACGGUGGUGGCCAUAUCAACCAUUCUAUUUUCUGGAAAAAUCUGUCCCCGGACCGUUCCGACCCUUCGGCGGAACUCAAGAAGGCUCUCGACCGAGAUUUGCAUGGAAUCGAUAACUUCAAAAAGGAGAUGAAAGCUGCCGCUGUUGCCGUUCAGGGUUCGGGCUGGGCCUGGCUUGGAUACAACAAGAAGUCUAAAACUCUCCAAAUUGCGUCCUGCCCGAAUCAGGAUCCACUUGAAGCCACCACAGGUUUGGUCCCACUGUUUGGCGUCGACGUUUGGGAACACGCCUACUAUUUGCAAUACAAAAACUUGCGCCCAAAUUACGUGGAUGCGAUUUGGGAUGUUGUUAACUGGAAAGAUAUUUCCGAGCGCUUUGCUAAAGCACAAUAAAAAUCGAGUUGAACUCUGAAGCUGCAUUCAAAAUGUGUAAAAUUGGCUUAACAUAAGUAAGAGAAAAAUUUAAAUACAUUAUUUGGCAGGAAACCUCGUUUCCCAUUAAUGAA